AUGUUGGGUUCCGCAGCACAGCCAGCUCCGCCGGCAACAACUGAAACAAGGGAACUGCAGGGCGCAUCCAGCAUUCACCGCCCUAGAGACACUGGGGGAGUUACAGUAGUGCCGAUGCCAUCAGCAGGCCGCCAUUCUUGCAGUGAGCCUGGCAGUUCAGUUCGUCAACUGGAGUCGCGCGCUGUCGGCGAUGAUAACGCAGCUGCCGAGAGGGCGGCCGUAGAGAAGAUUCAUCUGCUUCCUGUUUCUAGAGAGGCUCCAAAGGCUUGGGUAUUCGCCGCCCUCACUGGGCUGAUGAAGGAAGGGAAAACUGUUCGCCAGUACCUGUACCUAAAGGUCAGACGGCCAACCAAGGAGUCGAAGGGCUCCAAACCUAAAACGACGACGCAGGAGAAGCAGCAGAAGCAGCAGCAGCAUAGAGUGCAACAGCAACAGGAGCAAGAACAGCAACAACAGGAACACCAGCAGCAGCAGGAGCAGUUGCAGCAACAGCAACAACGCAGAGAACGGAGCAGCAGCUCAGAAGCACCUGACGACGAAUACACAUACAUUGUCGUGGCAUGUUUGCCGCACUCAGGCGUGAUAACUUCAUCCACAGUCGUCUUCACUUCUGGCAGCCCUCUCCAGCCUUUGCGCCGAGUGCAGCUAUUGGCCCUCAUCCACCCAAACAGCGCUUACGCACGGCGGGCAGGCGUUGCCUCGUACUCGGAGGCAUUACAGAGGGGGGUUGUGGGGGAAUUCAGAGCGAGCAGCAACAAUAACAGCAGCAACGACGGCCGCAGUAGUCAAAGAAAUCAGGGGUCCCACCGCUUGGCAGGCGAUGUCGCCGGAAUCUCUGAAGGCAGCAACAGCAAUAGCAGCAGUGGCAGAAGCGGUACCGAGGAUCCUGCAGCAGCCCCAGCUGCAGUUGCCGAAGCAGAGCGCCGUCGUCGACAGUUAGGCUCUCCUUUUGACUGGGGCGCUUCCGAGGGUACUAGCGAAAGGCGGCGGAGACGGCAUGGGCCGCCGCGGGAGUACAACAGAGCGGAAGAGGUCAUUGCUGCCGUACUCGACGAUUCCGACUUGGGUUCGGGAUCGGGUGAAGACGAUUCUGGUGGUGAGAAUGAGAUGGGCGGAGGUGUCCCAUUCCGCCUAAGUGAUGCCGCCGGGCCAGAGGAAGGCGCCGCAGCAUCUUCGCGCGAUGAACAACAACGAAGGCAUGAGGAGGAGCGGCAGGGUCAGGAGCAGGAGCAACCGUUGUUCCGGCAGCAACGGACAUUGCAGCUGAAUUUCAACUUUCCAUCUCCUUCCGGUGACCAACGUGUAGCAGGGCGUGGGUCUGAUUGCGCAAAAGCAGGAGCCCAAGGCAAAGGGGUGUUCAACCUGAGCGAAAAUGUACUGUUCCAUGACUUUGUGGCCCCUUACUUUCGAGCAAGGAGUGGAGGAACUUCUCUCCCUUCCUCUCCUGCCACAGCAGCGGAUGGCGACAACUGUCGAGACGCCGCAGUGGUUGUGUUUCCUGGGAAAAAGCUGGUUAUUAAGGAUUUAACUUUCGUCGUGUGGGCCACAGAUCCGGGUAACGGGCCAGGCUUCGUCUGGAAAGACACGGCAAUUUAUAUAUCUGUGGAUCCUUGGGGCGAAUACAGACGAGUUCACAUACUGCCUUUUGCCGAUACGUUGCCGACGACUUAUUCUUUCCGUCUCUUUGAGGAUUAUUUGCAGCCCUUUUUGAAGGAACAGCCCUGGCGCCUAAUAAGAAAGGGAGAUAUAUUCACAUUCAGGGGCGUGGAGUUCAAGGUUAUUGCCACGGAACCGUCCACUGUGCCUGUCGCCCGCGUCGGUCCAGAGACAGUCGUGCACUUUGAGGGGUCUCUGAACCCUUCUCUCAUCGACAUUUUGCCUCCAGAAAUCCUCUCCCGCGUCCGUCGCCUGCCGGCGCGGGUGCAGCCCUUCGCCAUCGUGGCAGCAGCGCAGUCCUUGGAUCCGCAGUUGCUGCUGCGGGUGUUGCCUUCUGGAGGCAUGCGGGGAGGUUCUCGAGGGAUAGACGAGGGUUUGGAGGCGGCAGUGAAGCGGCAGCUUGUGGGGCCUUUCUGCUUUUCUGAAUAUCAACGCUUGUAUGGUCACUUGUGCACGCGAGUCCCCCAAGAAGACGCGAAGAAGGGAACAGAAAAAGACGCAAGAGAAUCUGCUGCAGUAGUUUCACCAGGUAAAUUAGAGCAUUCUCAAUCUUCAACAUCCUCUCCUUCGGCAGAGGCUGCAGCAGUCGGGGGGGAGCUGGAGGCGCCCUGCUGCACCGUAUGCACACUGCAGCUGCAAGACGGCACAGAGUCCGUGACCCUGACCUGCGGCCAUGCCUUUCACUGGGAGUGUGCGAGAGCAUGGCUGCGCUGCAGCGCCACCUGCCCCAAUUGCAGGGCGCAGGUAGUGCUGCCCACAGGGACUCCCCGCGAAAGCGGGGAUGCAGGCGACAGUGCGCAGGCGCAUGUUGGUAACGCAGCUCUCGGGUUUGUGCGGAAUGCUUGGGCGGAGUUUUUCAGCCCCUGA